AUAGCUAAUAGAGAAUAUGUUUGUUGCUAUAAUUUUCAAAAAAAAAAACAAAGAUUUGACUCUUUUAUGGAGUUUUUUUAAUAAAUACUAUCAUUCUUAUCUACAUGAUAAAUUUGAUAAGCAAUAAAAUAAUCGUCAAUAAUUAAAAACACUAAGUUUCACUAAUCGGCAAACUUUAUUAUUUUAUAGAAAAUAUUUAUAAUCUAAAGUUAUGUUGAUUUACAAAUAAAAUACAUUUUGUUUUCUGUAAUGAUUUAAUUUCUAUAACGUGUUAAACUUGGUCCUGGUCAAUCAAUGAAAAUGAAUACACUCUAUAGUUUUUAGUCAUUUUUCUUAUGUGAAAAUUUUAAUCAUCAUAUGUACAAUGAAUUUAAACAAUAUGCUGUUGAAGAUACUAAAACUGAUCAUCGGCAUAUAAAUGAAUUGUUUUUAUGAAAAAUAAUAUGAAAAAAAUUGAAUAUUAUUAUUUAUGUAUAGAUAUGGUGUUGAAUGUCUAUUUCGAUUUUAUACAUAUGAUCCAGAAAAACAUUUUCGUCAACAUGUAUUUGAAGAUUUCCAACAUGAAACUCUUUGUAAUCAUGAAGCUGGUCAAUUAUAUGGUUUAGAAAAAUUCUGGACAUUUUAA